AAUCCAUAUAGAACAUCGAACGGUUUUUAAAUAUAGAAACCGUUGUUGGUUUAUUUUUAGAAUAUUUAAUAUUGCAUAUACAUAAAGGUUAAUAACAUCGCUUUGAAAUAAAAACAGUAGAAUUUGAACUUAAAACGAAACUAACAUUGUCAUUCAAUUGUGACAUAAUAAAACACAAAGAGAUUUCAAACGCCCGUCAUCGCCCCUCUCACAUCCUGCUUGGCGAAUUUUCGCACAAUGGCAUUCGCUAUAAAAGCUGCAUCAGCUGACCAGUAAGACAUCACUCAGCGUGCAGUUUUCCAGCAAAGUGCAUCCUCCUUCUACAACCAUCCUUCAACAAUGGCUUCCAAAUUCGUCCUGAUUGUCGCUUCUCUGGCCUGUGUUAGCGCCGGAUACAUUCCGAAUGAUGCUUCCCAUCUGUCCUAUGCUCCGGCAGCUGUCAGAUACUCCAACGUCGUCAAGCAUGUGGCUCCGGUAGUGAGCAAGACCAUCCUUCAGGAACCACAACUAUACCACGGAUAUGCUCAGGCUGCUCCAUCGAUCGUACUCAGCAAGCCUCUGGCACUCACCAAUCCUCUCCCAACCCUGUCCUAUGCUGCUCCUCAAGCUUUGUACCAGGCUCCGGCUCUGGUGAAGAACAUCGAGUACUCGAAGCCAUUGUCGUAUGGUCCAAUUGCCAAGACCGUCAUUGCUGAGCCCGCCUUCACCAAGACCAUCAUUGCUGAGCCAACAUACGCCAAGACCAUCAUUUCGGAGCCAACAUACGCCAAGACCAUCGUUUCGGAGCCAACGUACGCCAAGACCAUCGUUUCCGAGCCAAUCUACACGAAUAAUGUGUUCGCUGAGCCCAUCUAUCCGGCAAAGGCUUUGAUCGCUGAGCCAGUGUACGGCAAGAGCAUUAUCGCCCAACCAGCUCCGUUCUAUGGUGGAAAGGUGCUGUCUUAUGGACAAAACCUUGCCUACGGGGACAUUUCCGCCCAUGGAUGGUAA